CGACUUUCACUUGGUAUAGACCUCUCGACUUCACAGAGGUAGUUCAGUCGACAACUGGUCAUCAUGGCAUUCAGAGCACCACUCCGUUCGAUGGCUACCGCUGCGCGGUCCUCUCUUAGAAUUGGCUUGAUUCCGGCCGAUGGUAUUGGGAAGGAGGUCAUUCCGGCAGCCCGAAAGGCCAUCGAGGCUCUUGGCUCCGAUGUUCCCAAGCUAGAGUUCUAUGACCUUAUGGCUGGAUUCGAGCUCUUCACGAGGUCUGGAGAGGCUUUGCCAGAGGAGACGAUAGAAAUCAUGAAGAACGAUUGUGAUGCUGCUCUGUUCGGUGCAGUCAGUUCGCCAUCUCGCAAGGUUGUGGGAUACAGCUCUCCCAUUGUUGCGCUGAGGAAGCACCUUGACCUGUAUGCCAACAUUCGUCCGGUUGCUGCGGUCACCGCUAACCCAGAAGAAAAGUCCAACGUGGACAUGGUUGUUGUUCGUGAAAACACAGAAUGCUUGUAUGUCAAGCAAGAAAAUCUCACCAUUGGCGAGAAUGGCAAGGAAGCUCGCGCCACACGGCUCAUCACAGAGCGUGCAUCAAGACGUAUAGGAAAGAUGGCCUUCGAGACUGCUCUUGCACGGGACCGCAAAUUGGUCACCAUCAUCCACAAAUCCAACGUCCUUUCUGUUACCGACGGUCUUUUCCGGGAGACUGUUCGUGGAGUUCCCAAUCUUCCGGAAGUCGCUGGAAAAUACGACGGUGUGAAGGUCGCGGAACAGAUCGUCGACAGUGCGGUAUACCGAUUAUUCCGGGAACCAGAAAUCUACGACGUUCUGGUCGCUCCUAACCUUUACGGAGACAUCUUGUCGGAUGCCGCUGCUGCGCUCGUCGGCUCACUUGGUUUAGUGCCCUCGGUAAACGCUGGCGACAACUUCGUCAUGGGAGAACCUGUCCACGGCUCCGCGCCUGACAUUGAGGGCAAGGGAAUCGCGAACCCUCUGGCUUCCAUUCGUUCGGCUGCUCUGAUGUUGCGUCAUCUUGGGUACGAAAAGGGUGCUGAUAGAAUUGACACUGCGGUGAAUGCGGUGAUCAGGGAGGGCCAGGUGCUGACGCCUGACCUCGGUGGAAAGAGCAGCACGAACGAUGUGGUGGACGCGGUUCUGAAGAGGAUUUAAGGGUGUUUGUUUGAGCACUCUGCCUAGUCCAUGUAGCACCUAGAUUAUAUCUGAGAAUCGAAAUAUGUGGAACAU